AUGGAUCGACUUUUACCUUCAGGUGUCCCACCUCAUGCCGGGACUGUAGGAGGCAAAUCAAAAUUUACUCCUGAGGAAGACUUAAAGCUCAAACAAAUAGUUGAAUCUCAAAAGGAGCCAAUUUCUUGGAAAGAAAUCUCUCGGUUAAUGGUUACAAGGACCCCCAGACAAUGUAGAGAGAGGUACAAAAAUUACCUUAGUGAUAGUAUAAAACACGAAAAAUGGUCUGAUUCAGAAGAUGUUUUAAUCAUGCAACUGUUUAGCGAGUAUGGAAACAAAUGGAAUAUAAUUUCUAAGUAUAUACCAGGGAGAACUAGUAAUUCAAUCAGAAAUAGAUGGAAAUAUCUCAGUAAAAACGAAGUGGCAAAUGUAACUGAAGCACCUCCUAAAAAUGAAGCACAGCCUUCUGAUAUGGGUGAGUUACUAAAAAUUCAAGCUCCAGAACCUAGUGCUAAUAAUUCUGCUCCAAGUGUUGGUGAUAAAAUAAUGGAUCGAUUAAUGAAUAACAUGUUUCCUCAAGGAAAGCCAGCAAAUAUAUUUGAGAGCGAUGAAGAUAUUAGUAUAUUUGUUAGCUGA